UCAAAUUUACAUUUUCAUGUUGACAAUCUUGGUCUGCUCUUUCAGUCGUUUGCGUUCCAGCCUUUCUUUCUUCAACCGUCCAACGCGAUAUAUUUUAUGUUACUUCAGUACAGACAUAAGCAAUAAAAAGAGAAGAAAAGACCCCUUGUGGUUUGGAGUUUCACAACACUUGAAGUUCACGAUUGCACAAUCCUCAGCAGACUUGAUCCGGGCAGAAAUUUUCUCGCCAGUGGGUUCACUUUCUCCGUGUCUUAGUCGCAGACGGUUGUUGCUUCUAUAUAGAUUAGCGAUAAUACUGGUUACAAAGGACAUUUUCUCUGCGUCGAGGCGUUCGAUCGAGCCAUGGAGAAUAAAGAGGUCUAUCCAAACCCACAGAAAGACAUGAAAAUCCUCGAUGCCGGAGCGGGUACCGGAGGAAUUGGUGAGAUGCUGAAAGCCCGAGGUUAUACCAACAUUGACGCUUUGGACAUUUCACAAGAAAUGCUGAAUCUUGCGGCAGCCAAGAACCUUUACAAGAACCUCAUCUGUGCUCCGUUGAAGGAUACGCACAUGGAGGAGAUUGAGACCGCUGAAUAUGAUACUGUGCUGUGCGCAGGCACCAUCGUAUAUGGACAAGUGAAACCUGGGGCAAUUGAGCAAUGUGCACGAUUUGUUAAACCUGGAGGUCUGUUUAUUUUCUCCAUCCGCGUGGAUUCUUUCGAUCCAGUGGGUUUGGGUUUCAGUGAAAAAUGCCAAGAACUGGAAAAAAGUGGCAAAUGGAGUCUGGUGUGGAAAGAGAAGCGCGAGUUACAUGCCACACCCAACGAGGAGCGACUUCGGUACUGCUAUCUUAUCACUUACAAGAUCUUAAAAUAAACUGCAAGAAUAUCUGGAGACAAGGAACUAUCAUCUUACACCACAGAAGUUUAUUAUGUUAUUUAGUGUAGGACAGCCAGACGUCGAAGUUCGAUCAAUACUUCUGGACCUUUUCAGAAAUCAAUCUGAAAUCGUUUCUAAACUGAUCGAUUUUCAAAUCAGCUCCUCAAGUAUCGGACUUGUGUUUUGUGUAGUUUUGCCCUAAGUCAUUUUAUACUUUGUACCAUACUUUCAACCGCUCGACUAGAAAUGCUAAGGUAUUAAAAGAUUGGUGUGACUGUGUAUUGUAGUUUUGUCCUAUGUCAUGUUGUAACUCGUGCCCUAUUUUCAAAAGAAUGACCAGAAAUGCAAAGGUAUAAAAGGGAACUAAAUAUUUGUCGUAUUC